GGUCACGUUGACAGUCUUCCCUGUUGUCAUGGAGCCAGGCGCGUGCGACUCCUGUCACACGGGAGUGAAGGACAAGUUGAUGAAUGGACACGUGGAUCAGUUUAUUGGACAGAAAAGAGAGAAAUAAACAAGUACUGUCUCCAUACAAUGAUCGGGCGCACGUGUCUCGUUGUGGGCAGACGUGUCUCCGGCCCCGGUCUGCGCUUCUCGUCGUCUGGCGGAGAAAUAAAGAAAGAAGAAUGUGAGAGGACAAAGUCGUCACUGCUCACAAAGCAGGCGUCUCUCUAUGUUCACUGGCCUUACUGUCUCAGGAGGUGCUCCUACUGCAACUUUAACAAGUACAUACCCAGAGAGAACAACCACCACGCCAUGACCGAGUGCCUGCAGCGGGAGGCCGUGCAUUUGCUGCAGCUCAGUCAGGUGUCAUCGAUCACCUCUGUGUUUUUCGGCGGUGGGACUCCGAGCUUGGCAAACCCAUCAACCAUUGGUGCAAUCCUCGAAACUGUCUCCGGGCAGGUGGACUUCUCAGAUCGGGCAGAGGUCACUCUGGAGGUCAACCCUACUCCUGAGGGAAUGUCAAAGUUAGAGGAUUACUGCCGUGCUGGGGUGAACCGGUUUUCCAUUGGGGUCCAGUCUUUGCAGGACGAUGACCUGAGAGUUCUGGGGCGAGACCACAGCUCUCAUCAGGCUCUGCAAACCAUCGAAGAGGCCCAGAGGUUGUGCCCGGGGAGGGUGUCGGUAGACGUCAUAUUCGGGCGACCCGGACAGAGAGUUGACUCCUGGGAGAAGGAGUUGUCUGAGGUGCUGAAGGUGUGCGACGACCACGUUUCCCUGUACCAGCUGACUCUGGAGCGAGGCACGCAGCUGUUCAAACAGGUGCAGCGAGGGGAAGUCACUGUGCCGGCCGACGAUGUGACGGCAGAGAUGUUCCAGAGUGCGAGGAGGACUUUCCUCAAGAGUGGCUUUGUGCAGUAUGAAGUGUCCAACUUCGCAAGGAAUAAUGCAGUGAGUCAUCACAAUCUGAGCUACUGGAAAGGGCGACAGUACAUUGGUGUUGGCCCAGGUGCACACGGACGCUUUGUUCCCUUUGGGGAGGGAGGCGUCGCUCGCGAAGCCCGGACCCAGACUCUGGAGCCUGACUUAUGGAUGCGUGAAGUCCGGCAGAAGGGACAUGGGACGCGGAGGAGGAUUCAGCUCAGCCACCUUGAACUUUUGGAGGAGGUGCUGGUGAUGGGAAUGAGAUUGACCGAGGGCAUUAAUCACAAGCAUUGGGAGUUGUUCAGCCCUCAGCUGGGCCUCCGUGACAUCUUUGGAACUUCAGCCGACGUCCAAGACCUGCUGCGUAAUGGACGGCUGAUUCUCGAUGACAGAGGUCUGCGCAGCUCCUGGGAUGGACUGGCCUUACUGGACAGCAUACUGCCAGCUCUACUGGUGGAGCUGGAAACACAGAUUGUCCAAAAGCUACAAAGAGACUUAACACAGGAGACCUCCAGCCAACGAUGACUGUAAUAGUGAAAGCUUGUUUUCGGGUGAGACCGGCAGGACCAGUGAUCAGUCGAAGCAGUCUAACAUAUCCAACAUUUAAUGCUACCAUAUUUAUUUUAAUAUUUUUUUCUCAUUUUAUUUUACAUUUUUUCUUUUGAAAUCAUUGAGUAUUUGCCUGUUUUAGUUGCCCUGAUAUCUUAAAACUACCAAAACAUCACCAGUCUUAUGACUCAACAUUUUAAAUGCACCCCCUCUAUAAAGGAGUCCGACGUCACGACCCCCCACAGAUUGUAUUUACCAAGAAAAACCCUUGCAAACGGUAUUUAGUAAAAACCUUUUACCGCUUAA